ACAAACUUAGUAUCAUUGUCAACAGUACGGUGGUAGGCGACGCACGCGACUGUCAGUUGCGACUCGUGACACUCCGCUGAAAUAUUUCGUUAUUCUAUUUUUAUUCAUUUUUUGUUGCAAGGAUUGUUUUGUUUAGUUUUGCGAUAAACACAAUGGCUUCCGCGUCAGUAAUGCUGGUACAGCCUAAAGGCGAGCUUUGGGAGAAGAUCAGAGUGGAAUUGAACGAGAAUGUUAACACCCGAGACCAGGACCUGGCCACUAUUAAGGAUUGGCUGAAGAAGCAGCCACAUCUACCUGAUGAAUGGGAUGACCGCUGUUUGAUGAGCUUCCUCCGAGGAUGCAACUUUUCUUUGGAGAGGUGCAAGAAGAAACUGGAUAUGUACUUCACCAUGAGGAGUGCCUGCCCGGAGUUCUUCACUAACAGAGACAUCACGAGACCAGAGCUGCUGGACCUUAUGAAAAGAGCACAAGGACCAACUAUGCCAGGAUUGACACCCUCUGGCAGACGAGUCACAAUUUGUAAAGCCCUUGACAAAAGAAUGGACCCGCAAAACUUGAACGACGCGUUCAAGAUCGCCAUGAUGAUCGGUGACGUCAGAUUGAUGGAAGAAAUCGAAGGUGUGGCUGGAGACAUAUACAUUCUAGAUGCUUCUGUAGUCAGCCCCAGUCAUUUAGGCAAACUAUCUCCCUCAGCGUUGAAGAAAUUCUUCAUUUGUGUUCAGGAAGCGUACCCAAUCAAACUGAAGGAAGUCCACGUGGUGAACACAACACCUUUGGUGGAAACGAUCUAUAACAUUAUCAAACCUUUCCUCAAGGAAAAGAUGAGGCAGAGAAUUAACUUCCACAGCAGUUACACAGCCCUCCAUGAGUUCGUACCUAAGGAGUUGCUGCCAACAGAAUAUGGCGGCACUGGCUGCCCUCUUGAGGAGAUCAACAGCGCCUGGAUAAAGAAACUAGAAGAAUAUAAAGAUUGGUUCAAAGCUCAAGAAAAUCUCAAAGCUAACGAGGCCCUUCGACCUGGAAAACCAACUAAUUAUGACGAACUCUUCGGUAUUGAUGGAUCCUUUAGACAGCUGGCUAUAGAUUAGAGCACUAAUAUAAACCUAGAUUACUCUGUAAGGCUUUAUAGGAGCAUAGGUUACUUUUAAUUCUGAGAAAUAUAUAAACUCAUUCCGAUCAUAAACGUCUUCGUUUAAUAUCUACUGUGUGUCAUUGUUAGGCACGAAUUGACUGACUUUGUAACUCAACUGUUAUAUUUAGUACACAACCACUCAAAAUAAUAAGCCUUAUCAAUGCUUUCGUCCUCUAUAAUGACUAAGAUUUUGAUUUAAGAUUAGACUGCUAAAAAGCAUUCGAUGAGUUAUAUUAAUAAAUAGGUCCCUUUUUAUACUACUUGCAUUUAUAUUAUGCCCUCAAAUAUUAAAUUAAAUAUUUAAUUUUAACGCCUUACCUAAAUAUUUGUCGUACUUAAUGCAAUAAUCUUUGUGGUUUGCAGUAGAAUUGCUAUGGUAUGCCACAAGGCGCUAUAAUAGGACCACUCAAUAUUUUCUUGCUCUUAACUUGUUUGUGUCUUGUUCACUAUUAAAAAUAAAUCUAUAACUAAACAUUGGCAUGAAAUAAGUAAUAUAUAUUUUUUAAAUAAACAUUAGCACAAAACUACGUAAUAUAUCUUUUAAAAUAAGAUCAAAUGACAUAAAAAGGGCUGCAAAAUAGUUCUUAUUACUUAAGGUAAUGAAGGUUAGUAUGAAUAUGCGGGAUAUUAUGGGAGAUGCUUCUUAUUUAAUGAAAAGAAAAUUUUCUAACUAGUUUUAAGUGUGGUGAUUGUCUGUGAUAAAUUAAAUGAUUCUAAAAAAAA